UAUAGUUUCGUUGUGCACGCCGAGCGGGUGAGUCUUUGAGAUUUUCGACAGCAAAGACAACAGCAUAAAAGUGAUUCGUCCGCUAAGUGUGAAUACAUUUGACUUCUUCUUCACGAGUCGGAUUCAUUCAAAAGGUCACCUUGAAAAGUUGCGAAGCAAAUAAAAUUCAUCCCUGCGUGCGUUUAAUUGACAACUUUUAUCAAGAAACGUUUUUAGCUGCAAGUGUAACCCCUAACGACGACAAUGUGGUGGCAGGAGAGCCUACAAUGUAUUUUAAAAAAUCUAACCACUUUAUUUACCAUAUUCCUGGGAUUCUAUAUAUUCCGUUGGGCCUACGAACGUUUUAAACAGAUAACAGAAAAACCGAUUAAUGCCCAAUCGAAUGAUGGUAAUAACAGCAACAGUAACGAUAACAAACAAAAUAAAGGGAGUAAUGAAGAAGAGAGCCGCCGAGAGAGUGUAAAAGUUGAGAGCCUUGAUAAUAAAAACUCACCUCAAGUUGUUUGCAAUGAAAGCACCCACAACAGCCCAAACACAAACCGAGUCAAAGACAAUAACUCACCUCAUGUUAUCGUUGAAAAUCAUAACAGCCAUGAGACGAUUAAUCGAGAGCAGCAGCAACAACAAGAAAACCCACCAGCACCACAGUAUGCCAAAGCAAUUGUUAUGGGGAAUAAACCGGCAAAAGUUGAAAGUUAUGAGGAGAACAUAAAAAUGGGUACAAAUGGGGAGAGUCUAAGUGUACCCAUUUCGGAGGGUACCCAUGCCGAACAUGUACUAUAUCGCGUUAAGCGUGGUUCAACUGUACAUGUACAUCCUGAUGCGGGACUUUUGGGACGCGAAAUUGUACUUUACACCAAUUAUCCCACAGAGGGUCAAAAAUUCAAACGCACUGAAUAUAGGAUUUUAAAUUGGUAUUUGAAGAAUGGUACAAAAAUUACCACCAACAAAUACAAUUCGACUCAUGUGGUCGAUACGGACAUCUAUACCGAGGUGAAGAUGAAUAUAUCUGGAACAUUUAGAUUUUGGUUCCACUACAAGGAUAACAACAAACAGGAACAUGCUGGUUCCCUUUAUAUUCAAGUAGAACCUACCCUACACGUGGGACCCGCAGGUGCCCAGAAGAUAAUACCCUUGGAUUCGGUGCGUUGUCAAACUGUUUUAUCGAAACUCUUGGGUCCCAUCAAUACCUGGGAGUCAAAGUUACGUGUUACCAAGGAAUCUGGCUACAAUAUGAUACAUUUUACACCCAUACAAGAGUUGGGUUCCUCAAAGUCUGCAUAUUCUUUGCGCAAUCAGAAUCGAGUUAAUCCUCACUUUGCUCCUUCGAAGGGUGCCAAAGUUAGCUUUGAUGAUGUGGAUAAAGUGGUCAAGAAAUGUCGUCAAGAAUGGGGGGUUGCCUCUAUUUGUGACAUUGUCUUAAAUCACACUGCCAAUGAGUCCGAAUGGUUGUUGGACCAUCCAGAUGCCACUUAUUCGUGUGCCACUUGUCCCUAUUUGAGACCAGCAUUUCUGCUUGAUGCCGUAUUGGCAAAAUGCGGUGAGGAUAUUGACAAUGGGCUAUUGGAACAAUUUGGUGUGCCCAAAGUUAUUGAAUGGGAGGGACAUUUGGAGUCAUUGAGUUAUCAGCUGCAUACCGUCUAUUUACCCAAAGUCAACAUACACGAAUUGUUCCAAUGCAAUGUCAUGAAAUACUGCAAUGAGUUCUUGGCUCAAUGCCGUUUGAGAGAGCCUCCAACCAAUGUGGCAAAAACGGAACGCUUUAAGGAAAUCCUAUUAAUAACCGAUCCCGAAUAUAGGCGUCUGGGAGCAACUAUCAACCUUGAGCUGGCCAUGGACAUUUUCAAUGCCUUCCAUCCGGAUUGUUUUGAUGAAGAGGCUCGCUUGCGUAAAUGUUCCGAUUCUCUACGCCGCCAUUUGGAGUGGUUAAAUGAGGAGGUUCGUUCGGAAAUACAAGACUAUCUCAACUAUGCCAUAGGUAAUUGCUUGGCUGGCAUACGCUACGAACGUGUGCAGGAGGAUGGUCCCAGAAUACGAGUGAUUUCGGACAAAUACAAGGUCUUCAUGGAAUACUUUACCAAGACUAAGGCCUUGGGCAAAUCGCUGCAGGAAAUCGAAGAAGGCAUGUACGGCAAAAUGGGUGAGUUCUUUAUGGCCCACAAUGGCUGGGUCAUGGGCUCCACGGACCCUCUCAAAGACUUUGCCGAAAAACAACCCGGUCAUGCAAAUGUGUACUUAAAACGCGAGCUAAUAGCCUGGGGAGAUAGUGUGAAACUGCGUUAUGGUAAACGACCCCAAGACAGCCCUCACCUUUGGCAACACAUGACGGAAUAUGUACAGACUACUGCUCGCAUAUUCGAUGGUGUGCGUUUGGAUAAUUGCCACUCAACACCUUUGCAUGUAGCCGAAUAUCUUUUGGAUGCUGCCCGUGAGGUUAAUCCCGAGUUGUAUGUUGUGGCUGAGCUCUUCACCAAUUCCGAUGCCACUGACAAUGUGUUUGUGAAUCGCUUGGGCAUAACAUCAUUGAUCAGAGAAGCUUUAUCGGCUUGGGAUUCACAUGAGGAAGGUCGUCUGGUCUAUCGUUAUGGUGGCGAACCGGUGGGGGCAUUUUUGGUGCAUCCCAAACGAGAUUUGGCUUCCAAUAUAGCCCAUGCCCUAUUCAUGGAUAUGACCCAUGAUAAUCCUUCGCCGGUGGAGAAACGUUCGGUAUAUGAUCUACUGCCCUCGUCUGCCUUGGUGUCCAUGGCUUGCUGUGCUACGGGCAGUAAUAGGGGCUAUGACGAAUUAGUGCCUCACCAUAUUCAUGUUGUGGAUGAGGAGCGCACCUAUCAGGAAUGGGAAAAGGGUGUAAACUUCUCCAGCGGCAUUAUAGCUGCCAAGAGAGCCUUGAACAUUUUACACGGUCAAUUGGCCGAAGAGGGAUUUAGUCAAGUAUUUGUGGAUCAAAUGGAUCCCAAUAUUGUUGCAGUCACUCGUCAUUCGCCCAAAACCCAUCAGAGUGUUAUUUUGGUGGCCCACACUGCCUUUGGCUAUCCCCAUCCCAAUGCAGGACCAACAUUUGUAAGGCCGCUACGCUUUGAGGGCAGUUUGGACGAGAUCAUCUUGGAAGCCGAACUAGUGAUGAAGAGUGACAAGCCCUUCGAUCGUCCGGUACCAUUUACGAAGGACCCCAAAGUCCUGAAUGGUUAUCAACAAUUCCAAUUGAAACUAAGAGAGCACAUACCAUUGGAAAAGUCUCAGGUAUUCCGUCCCCAGAUUUCGGUAGAUGGCAAUGUUACCCAAUUGGAAUUGAUUAACUUGAGGCCAGGUUCAGUGGUGGCCAUAAGAGUUUCUUUGAAACCAGAAGUGAGUAAGAAUUUCACAAGCCUACAAAAUCUUACCAAUUGCCUGCAAUACAAAAAAGGAGAGAAGUACGAGGAACUUACAAAAUUGGUGGAGAAACUCGAUUUUACCGACUUAAAUCGCACUCUUUUCUCUUGUGAUCAUGAGGAACGCGACAUGGGCUUUGGCGGAGCUGCUUAUGAUAUUCCCAACUAUGGGCCCAUUGUUUACUGUGGUUUUCAGGGCUUCGUCUCAUUGUUGACAGAAAUUUCGCCCAAGAAUGACUUGGGCCAUCCAUUAUGUAACAAUUUGCGCGAUGGCGAUUGGAUGAUGGAUUACAUAGCUGAUCGUUUGGUGCAUCAUGAAGGCACCAAAGCCUUAUCGCAGUGGCUUAAGCAAGCCUUUGAACCCUUGAAGAGAAUACCCCGUUAUUUGGUUCCCUGCUACUUUGAUGCCAUUGUCAGUGGUAUUUAUGAUAUUCUGGUGCAACGAGUCUAUCAAAUGAUGCCCGAGACUUUGCGCGAUGGCCAUGAUUUCCCCCAGGCAUUGGCUUUGGCAACUCUGCAGUUUCUGACUAUAUGUAAAUCAGCCAAUUUGCCUACCUUAAGUCCGGCAUUGGAGCCACCCAAAGCACCUCAACAAUGUGUGACACUGUCCGCUGGUUUGCCACACUUCUCCACGGGCUACAUGCGUUGCUGGGGCCGUGACACUUUCAUUUCGCUCAGAGGUCUUUUGUUGUUGACGGGUCGUUUUACAGAGGCCCGCUUUAUAAUCUUAGGCUUUGCCCAGUGCUUGCGCCAUGGUCUCAUACCCAAUCUCUUGGAUAAUGGCACUAAACCCAGAUUUAAUUGUCGUGAUGCUGUAUGGUGGUGGUUGCAUAGUAUUAAACAAUAUGUCGAGCAUGUACCCCAUGGCAAGGAUAUAUUAAAGGAUAAAGUAUCACGCAUAUUCCCUUACGAUGAUUCACCUGCCCAUGGCCCAGGGGAAUUCGAUCAAGUGCUCAUUGAUGUCAUGCAGGAGGCUUUGAAAGUGCACUUCCAGGGCUUGCAGUAUCGCGAACGAAAUGCUGGCCAUGAAAUCGAUGCCCACAUGCAGGACAAUGGAUUUAAUAACCAAAUUGGGGUUAAUCCCGAAACGGGCUUUGUAUUUGGUGGCAAUCAAUGGAAUUGUGGCACUUGGAUGGAUAAAAUGGGCUCUUCUGAAAAGGCCGGUAAUCGUGGACGGCCCAACACCCCCCGAGAUGGUUCGGCGGUGGAAUUGAUUGGGCUCCAGUUUGCAGUAUUAAAGUUUAUGCAAUCCUUGUCGGAAAAGGGUAUCAUUGAAUACAAUUCGGUGACACGCAAUGGACCCAAUGGCCAAACUACUACUUGGACCUGGAAAGAGUGGGCCCAUCGUAUUGGGGAAAAUUUCGAAAAAUGUUUCUUUGUCACUGAAACUGAAAAAGCUCCAUUGGCAAAUAAGAAAAACAUCUACAAAGAUUGCUAUGGAGCUUCACAGGGUUGGACCGAUUAUCAACUAAGAUGUAAUUUCCCCAUUAGCAUGGUAGUGGCUCCUGAAAUGUUUAAUGCACAACAUGCUUGGGCUGCUUUGGAAAAGGCCAGAGAACAUUUAUUGGGUCCUUUGGGCAUGAAAACACUCGAUGCCAGUGACUGGAACUAUCGUGGUAACUAUGAUAACUCCAAUGAUUCCACAGAUUGUACCGUGGCUCAUGGCGCAAACUAUCAUCAGGGACCAGAAUGGGUUUGGCCCAUAGGCUAUUAUCUGAGAGCACGUUUGAUAUUUGGCAAGAAAUGUGGUCAUCUAAAUGAAACCAUCGCAGAAACUUGGAAAAUAUUAAGAGCCCAUUUGAGGGAGCUGCAAACCUCGCAUUGGCGUGGUUUACCCGAAUUAACCAACGAAAACGGAGCAUAUUGUCGUGACUCUUGUCGUACACAAGCCUGGAGUAUUGCUACCGUACUGGAGGUUCUUCAUGAUCUUCAUAACCUUGGCGGCGAUGUUUAAAUUUUGCACCCCAAAUACUCGUUACCUUUUAAGAAGACCUUAAAAUAGACAACCAAAACUAAAAUACCUCCCAAUUAUCUGAAACUCGAAAACCAAAUAUCGGAAUCGAAACUGAAAGUACAACUUUUUGCACCAUUGAAUACUUUCGUACGAAUUAAAAGUGUAUUAGAAAUUUAUUUGUUCAAGUAGAGGUGUUUUUUUUUUAUUUAAUUUUGAUAAUGGAAAUUGGCCUUUGUUUGGAAACGGAAACAAAAAAACCAAAAACAAAAAGUAGUUCAAGAUUGUUAAUUAUUUUAAGAAAACAAAAUAAAGUGUUAAAUAUGUGUUAA